AUGUCGAGUGAAGCGAAGAACACGGUCGAAACUACGUUAAUAUCUAAAAAUUCUAAUAAUAAGUCAAAAUUGUCUUACGCUUCCACGUCCGACUAUUCCAAUAAAAAACCUGAAAGCUCUGAUCAACCUAAAUUAGAUAAUGAUAAAACUCACCCCUCAUCACCACCGUCAUCAUCCUCAUAUCACGAGAACGAAGCGGCGCGUGUAGCUCGAAUACGAAAGGUAUUCGACGAGCUAGACAAAAACGGUACUGGCUUUCUAGACCGCGAAAAAAUACAAAAGGGUCUGAGUGAACUGAAAAAUCUCCCGGCACGGAAUAAGUACGCUUCAGAAUUGUUGCAAAGGUGCGACACAAGUAAAGAUGGGUUGGUCGAUUUCCAGGAGUUUAAGACCUUUGUCGAGGAGAAAGAAAAAGAGUUGUGGAAGUUGUUUGUGGAAAUUGACAAGAGUAGGGAUAUGGCUUUGCAACCUGAGGAAUUGGAGGGAGCCUUAUGGAAAGCUGGUAUUCAUUGCACCAAGCAAGAAUUAAAAAAUUUUAUACACACCAUGGAUAAGGAUGGAAAUGGUGUGAUCGAUUUUGGAGAAUGGAGAGAUUUUCUUUUGCUUCUUCCAAGUGAAACGACACUUCACGAAAUAUAUUAUUUCUAUCGAUCAGUAGCACAAAUCAAUAUUGACGGUGAAGCCGUCAUCCCGGUCACAAAUCCAAAAUAUUUUGUUGCCGGAGCCCUGGCUGGGGCUGUGAGUCGAACUGCAACCGCACCAUUUGAUCGCCUGAAAAUUUUUCUACAAACACAAACGGUGGCACCAUCUUUGAAACUUUCCGCAACAAAAACAUUACAAAAACAACAACACGGUGGUGUAAUUGAUAAUAAAAAUGUUGCGGCACCUGUUGCUCGACAGUCUACGUCGGGAUUGAGUAAUGUCACGAACGCGAUCAAAGAGUUGUAUCGUCAAGGAGGAAUAUUGAACUUUUUCCGGGGGAAUGGACUCAAUGUUGCUAAGAUUGCUCCAGAAAAUAGCAUAAAGUUUUAUUCAUAUGAGCAAUCAAAAGCCAUUAUUUCUUAUUCAACGGGACAAUCCGUGGAAUCAAUAGGAAUGUCUGGACGAUUUCUGGCCGGAGGGAUAGCUGGUCUACUAUCACAAUUCAGUAUAUAUCCAUUAGAAGCACUCAAAACACGCGUGAUGAGCUCUGCCGGGGUCUCUUCUUCAACCGGUAGUAGGAAUGUUGGGAACAACAGUCUAUUAUUACGUACUGCAAAGGAAAUGUGGCAGAUACAAGGUCCACGGACAUUUUAUAGAGGAUUGACGCCAGCAUUGAUAGGCGUAUUUCCGUAUUCGGCGAUUGAUAUGAGUGUUUACGAAAAUUUGAAAAUGGCAUAUAUGAAAUGGGAUGAAGCACGAUGUGGAAUGAUUUCGGGAUCGGUGGGUGCAACAGCCGUUUAUCCACUUUCACUAGUCAGGACUCGGUUACAAGCACAGGGCACUUUAGGACACCCGCAAAAAUACGUAAAUGCAUUUGAUGUCAUACAAAAAACAUAUGCGUGCGAAGGCAUACGCGGAUUUUACAAAGGACUUAUGCCGACCUUAAUAAAGGUUGUACCAGCAGCAGCGAUUUUCUACGUAGCCUAUGAACAAGCAAAAAGUAAAUUGAAGUUACCAUAA